AUGCGAGAAAUCUGCACAAAUGCGGCCAAUUUUGCGGCGACUCCACGAGGGCAGAACAUGCACCCCUUGAGCGGUGUUUCCAAUGAUGUAUACGGUUAUGACUUCAACACAGGUGACCGUGAAUGGGGGGUGCCUGCUAGUCGACAGUUCUGGCGCCGCGCUGCAUCAUGUCCGCCAGCCUGGAAAACUACCCACCCCUGCCCGGAACCCAACCAGCAGUUGCCUAUGCGACACGACGGCCCGUGGUAUACGACCUUGACUGAGCCGUUAUCACAGGUUGGGAACCUGUUGAAUCGAUAUGAUCCCAUCACUGGCCUCCCCCUCCAGUACUCCAACAUCCGUUACUCGUGUGAUGAAUUCCCGCCGGCCACCUGGGUUGAAGGUGGGAGCGGCGCAGUUAUGAACUCCCCGUCCAACACACGAUGUGCCGGCAUUAGCUGCGCGACUGAUGGACAGAAUAACGUUCCAGUCAAAGCAGAACAGAAUUGGCGGACAGGGCAAGGACACUCCCACGCAAGGUUGCGUGAUCAGCUCCAGGCAGCAGCAGAAGCCACUAGCAACCAGGAAUUUAGGGAAGACCAAUCAAUCAUUCAUUUUCACUUCGUCCCAACCGACAAUGGCCCAGAUGGAAUAGCUGCCACCGUGUAUACGAUGCUUGAUAUCGGGAAUGCGGAUCAGCUGGAGGACGAGGACGAGAUAACCCAGGCAAAACGCUCAACCGGAGCUAAUUCUACCCGGGCUAGCAAGUCUCUCACGAUCGCAGAGCUCAAAGGUCUCGUCAAAGCGGGCAAGGGCUUCGACUCUCCGGUGUACGCAAAUUUGACAUAUAUCCUCGAGUUUCAUUCGGUCUCAAGCGAGGAUGGACCUGAUUUUGAAAACCUCCAGGUCAGCGAAUCGAGCUUGACGGGUAAGACGAUGCCCAUGCCGCGUAUGGAACAGCCCUACCGCUGGGACCUGGAGGAUUCGAUGGAAGAGGAGGAAGCGAGACGGGCUCUGAACACGACGCUGGCCAGAAGUCUACCCGAGGACAUCGUCCCAGAGCCGCGCAGCGUACUCGAGUCCGCCGUUACGCCUCUGCUGAAAAGAGCAACGGCCAAAGAUCUGCAGGCCGCACGGGAAGUUGUGAAGAAAGCCCUCUCCGAGACGUCGAGAUUGAACAAGGCUCGUGUUGCGGAGCCGCUACGAAACAAGUAUGGCCUGAAGCCCGGGACGAUAGUUGGUGGAGGCAGCGUCCCAGAUUCUGCCGCACCAACCGACCAGGGUAUUCCGCCACUUCUAGUCAUCACCGACGAAAUCGCUGCAGCGGCAGCUCUCGUAGCCGAGGCAGAUGCGAUGAACGGAUGGCGGAAUGUCACAAGGCGUGCGCCAGCAGCAAGCAAGGGAACAUAUUGGAUGCAAGAUCUUGCUCGCAAAGGGACUGUGCCUUGGGGAAAUGACCCUAACUAUGUGAUCUUCAGGAAUGUGCUUGACUACGGAGCCGUCGGUGACGGUAUAACGCCCCGCCUUUUCACUUAUGCUGGUGCUGAUCAAUACAUCGUCGGGGAACAGGAUGAUACAAAAGCCAUAAACAAGGCCAUGGGAACAAAUAGCACACGAUGCGGCAAAGGAUGCAACGGGUCCACAACAAAGAACGCCAUCGUAUAUUUCCCACCUGGAAACUACCUGGUAUCCUCGACCAUUGCGUUACCUUUCGGAACACAAGUCAUUGGUGAUGCCAACAAUCGACCAACACUCGUGGCUGCCCCAAGUUUUGUUGGUUUAGGGGUACUAUCCACGGACGAGUAUACUGGUGCCAAGGGCAAGGGCAUCGAUGGCGGCGACCCUGAAUACUAUGUCAAUACCGCCAACUUCUAUCGUCAAAUUCGAAACUUGGUCAUAGACAUCCGCAAGAUUUCCCAAGGCAAACUGGUCACUUGUCUGCACUACCAAGUUGCGCAAGCCACGAGUCUUCAGAAUGUCGAGUUGAUAGCAGCAGCCGGCUCGUCACAAAUCGGCAUGUUCGCGGAGAAUGGCAGUGGGGGCAGCAUUUCCGAUGUCACAUUUACCGGGGGUGGGAUUGGGCUCAAAGGGGGCAGUCAGCAGUUCACGGCGCAGCGUCUCAAAUUCAAUGGCUGCACAGUCGGAGUCCAGGUCAUCUGGGACUGGGGAUGGGUGUGGAAGUCAAUCACGAUGAACAACGUCAAGACGGGGUUUCAGCUCGUUGGUGACAACGGUGUCGGCAACAUCGGCUCUGUCUCAAUCCUGGACUCGUCAUUCACAAAUGUUGGUACUGCUAUUGUUGUAAAUCCCAUAUCAGCGACCCCGGGAAGCAUUAGUACAGGGAUUGCUCUCGAGAACAUCGCUAUGUCGGGAGUUUCCGUGGCUGUGGCCGACACCACCGGUGCCACGCUUCUAGCCUCGACAGCCCUGAUCGAUGCGUGGGCUGUUGGGCCUGUUUACGAAGGAGCAGCGAAUGCUCGUACUUUCUCCAAGGGCGGCAAGAUUGGCAACUAUCGGAGACACUCGACUCUUCUAGAUGCCCAGGGAAACUAUUUUGAGCGAGCCAAGCCGCAGUACGAGGAUCAAGCCGUUUCUGCGUUUGUGCACACCAAGGACCUCGGGUGCACAGGUGACGGGUCUACUGAUGACACAGCAGCAUUUCAAGCUGCGCUAUAUGCAAGUCUAGGCAAGAUCCUCUUUGUCGACGCCGGGUCGUACAUUCUUACCUCAACCAUCACUGUUCCUCCAGGCGCUAAGAUUGUGGGAGAGACAUGGUCACAAUUAGUUGCCUCGGGCUCCUAUUUUUCAGACGCCAGCAAGCCUAAGGUCUUGGUUAAGGUUGGAAAUGCCGGGCAGGUUGGCAACAUAGAGAUGCAGGAUCUUAUUUUCACGAAUCGUGGGCCUACAGCUGGCCUGGUACUUAUCGAGUGGAAUAUCCAAGCUGCUUCACCGGGCUCUGCUGGGCUUUGGGACUGCCAUGUCCGGGUAGGAGGCGCCACAGGAACAGAGCUAACACCUGCUGAAUGCCCCCCCGUCACCAGUGGUAUCAACUCAGCAUGUUCUGCUGCUAGUCUGAUGAUGCACCUCACGACGUCGGCGUCAGGCUACUUUGAAAACAUGUGGCUUUGGGGAGCCGAUCACAUGAUUGAUGACCCUGAUCUGGUUGACGAGAACAACACUAUGGUACAAACUUCAAUUUACAUUGCUCGUGGUUUCUUGAUCGAGAGUACAAAGCCGACCUGGCUCUACGGUACUGCAUCCGAGCACGCUGUGUUUUAUCAGUACAACUUUCACUCGGCAGCAAACAUUUAUGCUGGCAUGAUACAAAGCGAAUCGCCCUACUUCCAGCCGACUCCGCCGCCGCCAGCUCCUUUCACUUCCGUCGUGGGCAUCUUCCCUGGUGAUCCCAAUUAUUCAUGCACCGCCGGAGAUGAGUUCAGCGGCUGCGAUGAAUCCUGGGCUGUGAUAAUGACGGGCUCCGAGAACAUUUUUGUUUCGAGUGCGGGACUUUAUUCUUGGUUCUCGACUUAUGCUCAGACCUGCAUCGACACACAACUAUGUCAAAAGGCACUAGUGCUUCUGAAAAACAACCAUGCCAACAUUCGUUUCCAGAAUCUUGUCACCAUCGGUGCUAAAUAUAUGGCUGUCAUGGAUGGCAAAGGCAUCCCGGCCGCCGAUAAUCUCAACGUCAAGGUGCAUCCGGACUGGUCGCAGAUAAGUAUUUUUGACGUCAGCAGCAACGGCACCAAUAAUUUUAUGGAUUAUGUCUGGGUUGAUCCCGCGAUCUGGGAUAUGGAACAGCCUCAGUUCACAUGCUCUCCUCCUUGCAAUGUCAAGCUACCACCAUGGAAGGGCGCAACCAGUACCGUCAACUAUCCUCUGAUCACCGUCAGCCAAGGUACCUGGACAAGCACAAUCACACAAGCGCCGCUGACCAUUACGGAGUGGGUGUUCGACGUGGUAACACUGAAACAGGGUGGCGGGAACAACAAACGUGACGCUGCAGCAUUCUGGCCUAUUCCCGCCACGACGCCAUACUGGCCUGCAGUAGUCUACAUUGGAGGCGUAGACGGACGACGGACGACAACAUCCGCCACGGUUCCCUUUCCCACGCCCCCGGCAUCCAUGGGCCCCGAUGCGCCCGCACCCCCCUCCGGAAGCUGGCCCAAACGGGCAGUUCAGCCCGUGUUUGGCUCUUCUGAUGGGCCCGUGACGAAGGAAUGCGGAUUCCUCAGCUUCAACGACCCUGCCUGUGUCCAACAGCCAUGGUUCUGGGGCAACAUCACCAACAAUAAGCCAGACGGUGAUGACGACGAUAUAGAGAACUUUUGGGACCUCCUGGUAGUAUGCCCAAACGUUCGCCAGUCAUCCUCCUCGACCUCGACCUCCACCUCUACCACGUCGACGUCGACCACCAAGCCCACCUCGCCUGCGCCCUCGCCCUACGAGCAGGGUGACCCGUUGAGUAACAAGGUGCAGUGCUUCGGAAAGGGAGAGACUACCGAGGACGUCCGGAUGCAGAGCGCGGCGCACAGCUUUUGUAACGACAUUGAGAAGGACAUCAUGGGCCCUGGGUACAGCCGCUCGAUUGAUUUUCCUUUUCCGUACAACGGAGGUGUCGGGACAGUUACAAUCACAAUAUCUUUCGCGAUCAAGGACAAGUGCAGCUUCAUAUUCAACAGGAACCUAUGCGAGCAUUACCUGUCCGUGCCCGCGGACUCCUGCAACUGCAAGGGAGUCAACGGGAAGCAGGGAGGUGUAUUCGAGAAUAAUUGUUACUCAAUACUGGUCGACCCUAAUCUCACUAUAUAA